AUGGCUCCUGCUCCAAGAACUGCUAUUAUCGUUUACUCUUUAUACCAUCAUAUUGCAACUUUAGCAAGAGAAGCUAAACUUGGUGUUGAAAGUGCUGGUGGUGUUGCCAACAUUUUCCAAGUCCCAGAAACUUUAAAUGAUGAUAUCUUGAAGAUUUUACAUGCUCCAGAAAAGCCAGAUUUUCCAAUUGCUACAUUAGAUACUUUAAGAGAAUAUGAUGCUUUCUUAUUCGGAAUCCCAACUAGAUAUGGUAACAUGCCAACUCAAUGGAAAUCUUUCUGGGACAGUACUGGUUCUUUAUGGGCUAAUGGUGAAUUAAAGGGUAAAUCUGCUGGUGUUUUCGUCUCCACUGGUUCUCCAGGUGGUGGUCAAGAAUCUACUGUUAUGAAUACAUUAUCUACAUUGACCCAUCACGGUAUUUCAUUUGUCCCAUUAGGUUUCGCUAACCCAGCUCAAGGUUCAUUUGACAAUGGUAUCCAAGGUGGUUCUCUUUGGGGUGCUGGUACAUUUGCUGGUCACGAUGGUUCUAGACAAGUUACCGAUAUUGAAAAAUCUAUUGCCAAGACUCAAGGUCAUGAUUUCUUCAAGACUCUUACCAAAUAUAGUAAUUAA